UUAAAAUUAAUUCACAUGAGUAAGGGGAAUAUUUUAUUUAUCUUUCUCAGUAAAACAUCUGCAAUCAAUUAUCAUGUAGCAGUACUUAUCGGUUGAUGCAAAGAAGACGGUUUUUGUGGAGGAAGAGAGAUCGGGGGAAAGAGAAAGAAAUAAUAAUGUCUGCAUCUGCAUUGUUCGUGUAUCGUAAUAUUGAAAAAAAUGAACAGUGUUUUUCUUCUAAUUAUUAUAAAGGUAAUAUAGGGAUUAAAAAAUAUUUCAACGAAAAAUUAACGAAAAGAGGUGCUUAUCUCACAGUCAUAAUACAGGAGGUCUUUAUCACAGACUUAUAAUUUAUGGUCCACUCUCUCUGCUCAUUAAUCCUGUCUUUGCCGUUUGAAAGAAAGAGGAUUUUAGUUACAGUUUCGUUAUAGCCUCCCUUGACCCUCUUGCAUCUCCAUCAAUCUGUCAGGCCAAUCCGUGAAACCAUGCCUCUUCUCCCUGGACUAGGACGUUCCACUAGAUCAGACACGCCAUGAGUGACGCUCAAAGCGCCUCCUCUUCCGAUGCCGAUUUCGCUUCCAUCCCUGCCACUCAGCAGAAUGGUGGGCGGAGCCCGAUAAGUGAUGAUGGGAGCCAAACGUUGUCCCACGGAAGGACCCCUGAACCGUCGAGGCACUGGAGGGAUGUUUUCUGGUUAGGAAUAUUCACUGUGCAUUUGGUGGGCUUGGGAUUCCUUCUUGCGAUUCUGGGACUCAAUAGGUUUAAGAAAGCAGAUAGGCUUAAUAUUGACAAGUACACAAACAGGAUACUUGAGAAUCAGGCCGGAUUGACCGAGACUUACUGGCCCUUGUACGCUGUCGCCGGCGGAGUUGGUACAAUUCUCGGAUGGAUUUGGCUGUCCUUACUUGGGUCUCGGGCGAAUCAGAUGAUGAAGGUGUCGGUUCACAUCUUGACUACGUAUCUAGCUGUGAUAAGCGUCUUGUGUUUCUGGGGCGAUCAGGUCUUCUGGGGUAUUGCCUUUGCUAUUGCCGCGAGUCUGCAGUUUUUGUAUGUGGUAUCGGUUAUAGACAGACUUCCCUUCUCCCUUCUGGUGUUGCAAAAAGCUGUAAAAAUGGCAUGGAGCCUUCCAGAAGUUAUGAGAGUAGCUUAUGCGUUUAUGGUUAUCAUGCUAUUAUGGAUGGUAAUCUGGUCCUUUGGAGCAGCUGGGGUUGUUGCUUCAAGCAUGGGUGAUGGUGGACGCCGGUGGCUCCUUGUGGUUCUUUCUGUGAGUUUAUUCUGGACAGGUGCUGUUCUCUGUAAUACAGUUCAUGUGAUUGUAUCUGGAAUAUUCUUUCUUGUUCUCAUCCAUGGUGGCCGAGAAGCAGCAUCAAUGCCUCCCAAGCCCUUGGCAAAGUCUUUGAAGCAUGCUAUGACAACUUCAUUCGGAAGCAUCUGCUAUGGAUCACUGUUUACAGCUGCUAUUCGAACAUUGCGAUGGGAGAUCAGGGGAUUGCGAUCAAAGAUUGGCAAUAAUGAGUGUUUGCUUUGCUGUGUGGACUUUUUGUUUCAUCUUGUGGAGACACUAGUUCGCUUUUUUAAUAAAUAUGCAUAUGUCCAGAUAGCAGUUUAUGGAAAAAGCUUCAAUCGUUCAGCAAGGGAUGCCUGGGAGUUAUUCCAGUCGACUGGUGUUGAGGCACUUAUUGCCUAUGAUUGUUCAGGAGCUGUUCUAUUGAUGGGCACCAUCCUGGGCGGGCUUAUUACUGGAACCUGUUCAGGAACUUGGGCAUGGUUUAAAUCAAGUGACAGGGUGAUUAUGGUUGGCUCCACAGCUAUGUUAAUGGGGAUGAUCUUGGUGGGACUUUCAAUGGUGGUGGUGGAAAGUGCUGUUACGUCCAUAUAUAUCUGCUAUGCAGAAGAUCCUUUAUUAAUUAACAGAUGGGAUGCUGAAUUCUUCAAUCAGAUGUCAGAGGCACUUCACCAGCGUUUGCAGCAUAGAAGUGCAAGAGCACGGGAAGUAUUGACCCAUAAUCGUACUGAUUUCCAAACUCAUGAUUCACCCCCUGUUUAAGGUUAACUAAUUUGUAUUGCAGAAUGCAGUGUAAUUAAUUUAUCAAAAAAUGCAGAGUAAUUAAUAUAAAUAUAUCAGUUUUUACUGAUCCAUGCUCAA